AGCUGCAGCGCGAGUACCAGGAAAUUAGCAGAGUAGGUAGGGCGCCUGCCUGCUGUCCCGUCUGCCCGCGCUGUGAACGCCCCGCGGUGGCAGCGCGACACGCCCGCUGGGGACAGGUUUGUGGCUGGAUUCCUACUCGGAUUCACUAUUCCAGACCAAAAUUGAAAAAAUGGUUGACCUCACUGAACUUAUGGAAAAUGAAGUAUUCAUGGCCUUUGCUUCCUAUACAACGAUUAUUCUUUCAAAAAUGAUGUUUAUGAGUACUGCAACUGCAUUCUUUAGAUUGACAAGAAAGGUUUUUGCCAACCCAGAAGACUGUGUAGGCUUUGGCAAAGGAGAAAAUGCCAAGAAAUAUCUUCGGACAGAUGACAAAGUGGAACGUGUACGAAGGAUUUAUCAUCACAAACUUCCCUCUUCAAACUGCUUUUGCUUUUCCCAUAAGUUUUGGUGUUUUCUGUUUUAUCUUCAUUUGUCUCAAGAUAUUUUUUUUAUUUCUCUUGAUUUCUUCUUUAACCCUUUGGUUGUUUAGUAGUAUGUUGUUUAAUCUCCACAUAUUUGUGAAUUUUCCAGUUUUUUUUUCUUGUAAUUGAUUUCUAGUUUAGUACAGUUAUGAUUGGAAUUGAUGAUAUGAUUUCAUACUUCUUAAAUUUAUUAAGUCUUGUUUUUUGGCCUAACAUAUGAUCUGUCCUGGAGAAAGUUCUAUGUGUAUUUGAGAUGAAUGUGUAUUCUGUUGUUGUUGGGUGGCACGUUUAAAAAAAUGUCUUUGGGUUCAUCUGAGCUUAUGUAUAGAAUUUAACUCCAAUGUUUUCAUAUUGAUUUUAUGUCUGGAUAAUCUGUCCAUUGUUAUUUUUUAAAUUUUAUUUAUUUUGGGGGGGCAGAGAGAGAGAGAGACAGAAUCUUAAGCUGAUAGUGAGGAGCCUGACACAGAGCUCAAACCCACAAACUGUGAGAUCAUGACCUGAGCCAAUAAUCAAGAGUCGAAUGCUUAAUUGACUGAGCCACCCAGGUGUCCCUGGAUGAUCUAUCCAUUGUUGAAAGUAGGGUAUUAAAAUCCCCUACUAUUAUUACUAUAUUGUCAUUUCUCCCUUUUGGUCUGUUAAUAUUUGCUUUAUAUAUUUAGAUGCUUCUAUGAUAGGUGUAUAAAUAUUUACUAAUGUUAUAUCCUCUGGAUGAAUUGACCUCUUUCAUCAUUAUAUAAUGGCUUUCUUUAUCUCUUAUAAUCUUUAGCUUGAAGCCUGUUUUGUCUGAUAUAAGUGUAGCUAUUCCUGCUUUCUUUUGUGUUCCAUUUCCAUGGAAUAUCUUUUUCCAUCCCUUCACUUUCAGUCUAUGUGUCCUUAAAGCAGAAAUGAGUCUCUUGUAGGCAGCAUCUAGUUUUAUCUUGUUGUUUUUUUUUUAUCCAUUCAUUCUGUAUCUUUUGUUAUAGUUACUUAUACUACUUUCGUCUCUUAGUCUUUUCUUUUUUAAUUUUUUUUUAGUGUUUAAUUUUGAAAGAGAGAGAGAGAGAGAGAGAGACAGAGCAUGAGCAGGGGAGGGGAAGAGGGAGAGGGAGACACAGAAUCCGAAGCAGGGUCCAGGCUCUGAGCUGUCAGCACAGAGCCUGAUGUGGGGCUCAAACCUACAGACCAUGAGAUAAUGACCUGAGCUGAAGUCGGUCACUUAACCGACUGAGCCACCCAGGUGACUGUCUUCUAGUCUUUAUACUAGAGUUAUGUGAUUUACCCACCAUCAUUACAUUAGUAUAUUUUGAAUUUAAUUAUAUUUGCUUUUGCUGAUGAGUUUUAUACUUUCAUACAUUUUCUUCUUACUAAUUGCUGUCCUUUUGUUUCAGCUUAAAGAACACCCUUUAAUAUUUCUAGCUGCUUUAGUGGUGAUGAACACUUUCAGCUUUUAUUUGGAAAACUCUUAUCUCUUCUUCAAUCUGAAGGACAACUUUGUCAGGUAUAGGAUUCCUGAUGGCAGGUUUUUUAUUGUUGUUGUUGUUAUUUUUUUUCUUUUAAAACAGUAGAAUAUAUCAUCCACUCCCUUCUGCCUUGUAGUUUCUGGUAAAAAAUAUUCUGAUAGUCUUAUAGGGUUCCUUUGUAUAAAACAACCUGCUUUUCUCUUGCUGGUUUUGAGAGUCUCUCCUGUCUUUAACUUUUGGUAAUUUACUUAUAAUGUGUUUCAGUGUGGGUCUCUUUGGAUUCAUAUUUUUUUGUAGUUUCUGAGGUUCCUGUAUCUGGAUAUCUGUUUAUUUCUCCAGGUUAGGGAAGGUGUUAACCAUUAUUUUUUGGGCUAAGCUUUCUGCCCCCUUUUCACCCUCUUCUACUUCUGGGACCUCCAUAAUACAUACAUACAUACAUACAUACAUACAUACAUAAAAUUAAUGUUUUUAAUUAUAUUCCAUAAGUUCCAUAAACUAUAUUUACUUUUUCAUUAUUUUUUUUCUUUUUGUGCCUAUAAUUGGAUGAAUUCCACUGCUAUGUCUUCAAGUUUACUGAUCCUUUAUUCUACUUGAUCUAGUCUGUUCAUGAACCACUUUAUUGAAUUUUUAAAUUCAGUUACUGUAUUCUUCUGCUCUGUGUUUUCUUUUAGGCACUUUUUAAUAUUUUCUAUUUCUGUUGUAAAUCUAGCUUUGUUCAUGCAUUUCUCUCCUGACCUUACUGAGCAUCUUAUGAUCAUUAUUUUGAACUCUGUAUUAAGUAAAUCUAGUUAUUUCUGUUUCAUUAAGAUCUGUUCCUGUAGAUUUAUCUUGUUCUUUGGUUUGAAACACAUUCUUCUGUUUUUUCGUCUUUCUUGGCACUGUGUUGGUUUCUGUGCAUUAGAUAAAACAACCACUUCUCUCAGUCUUGACAGAGUGGUCUCAUGUAGGAAAUUAACCUUGUCAAUUAUCCUAGCCUGAGCCCUGUUGUCUCUCAGACCUUCGUGACAGUCCAAGCUGCCAUCUUUGUUUUUACUGGCCCCCAAUAGUUCAAGGUAUGUCAAGAUUUGUCAAGUGUUCCAAAGGGAGGAUAACAGUGAACAUUUAAAUAUAAGCUAAUUGGAAGCUGGACAUUUAAGUAACAGCUGGGAAAGUAUGUAGUUAUGCCCCUUCUAAGGAGAUACUGGGGUUUGGGCAUUUUAGUCAACUCCAUCUGUGCUGGGCCUGCGUAUAGCCAUGUGGACAGAUAGCCGAAGUGACUGCUUGAGCUUGUGGAGAACUGAUUCUUUGUUUGCUAUGUUUUGUGGGAAUAAAAUCUAACUAACUAACUCAUGACUGUUAGUGCUGAUCAGGGCCAGGUGACCCAGGGACCCCUCCCUAGGACUGCAGCCAUAAAGGUUGGAGUGCAUACAUGUGUAUAAACUCCUUCCAGGGAGAUAGUGGUGACUGGGAUCAAGCUAGAGAGAGAAGGCCAGGGAGGUAUCCGCCGGCUUCCCUGGUUUCUACAAAGGAUCAAAGACUGAACCUAGAUACAAGAGUGCUGAUGCUUAGGCAGUAGAUUUCAAAGUGUGUAGUUGCAGACCUUUAAGAGAAAGACUGGGAGAUGGACAAUUUUGCCUGCUCCCUCUGUGCUGACACACAAGUCUUGUACAUCCCUUAACUUCUCUAUUUUAUUUGUUGUAAGUCUCGUGGGUCUUUGAGAUGCAAUCCUCAGUAAUUUUCAGAGCAAGAUAUUUUGGGGGUUCUGUCCUGGGGUGAGAGUCUUAAAUGUUUGGGCACUAAAUGUGAAGUCCAAACCCACUCCUCCUCAGGAAGAAGCUGGGAGUUGGAAAUUCCCUCUCAGUUGUGUGACAGUAAGCUGGGGGUAGGGUUUAUGGCAAGACUGUGUCUCAGCCUUAAAGAUGGGUAUUGUUCAAUGUCUAGGAGUCACGCAGUUGUUUUCUGGAUUUCUUUCAGAUGUAAUUACUUUGUGUGGAGCUCUACAUUUGAUGUGGCUGUGGAAGGGAGGGAGUUCAGGAGCCUCCUGUGUCACCAUCUUGGCUGUCCCUUUUUCACCCACAGAAUUUUUGUUGUUGUUGGGAUUCUAUUACUGAUCUAUUAAUUACCGUGUCCUAACACUGAAACAUCAAAGUUAUAUAUCAAUUUCUCA